UUUGGACGGGGGGAAAUCCUUAACUGAAUUGCGUCAUAAAUACGUCAAUAAACUCUCAUUCACUGACGAUCAGGUACCACGAUAGCCGCCAUAUUCGCAUCCAUGGCAGGGUAGCGGUGCUCUCGGCGAGCGUAUGGUCCAGUCAUCGGCAUCAACUGUUCACCGCACCGACCCCCCGAUCCCAUCCCGAUAGCGGUGCGCAGCCACACAGCUUGGAUCUGAUCAUCAAAGCAGAACAGCCGGACUUCCACAGAGGGGAAGACAUGCAACGUGGAGCGGGGGUCUAGGUAGACUAGGAUGCCUUAGACUUAGAGAGGAAUCCUGGCAUAAGAUGGAGGUAAACAGCGUUAGUAGUGAGGUCAAUGGACAUGAGAUCAUGGACGAGCCCAUGGAGGAGGGAGAGUCUUUCUCACACUGUGAUGAAGGGACAUAUAAAGAGAUUCCUAUCACCCACCAUGUGAAAGAGGGCUGUGAGAAAGCUGAUCCGUCUCAGUUUGAACUGCUCAAAGUCCUCGGCCAGGGCUCUUUCGGCAAGGUAUUUCUUGUCAGGAAGAUCGUGGGUCCAGAUGCUGGUCAGUUAUAUGCAAUGAAAGUUCUAAAAAAGGCAUCUUUGAAAGUCAGGGACAGAGUUCGCACUAAGAUGGAAAGAGACAUUUUAGUGGAAGUCAAUCAUCCCUUCAUAGUGAAAUUGCACUACGCCUUUCAGACAGAAGGGAAACUGUAUUUAAUACUGGACUUUCUCAGGGGAGGGGAUGUAUUCACUCGCUUAUCCAAAGAGGUUAUGUUUACAGAGGAAGAUGUGAAAUUCUACCUUGCAGAGCUGGCCCUGGCCCUCGACCACCUGCACAGCCUGGGCAUAGUUUACAGAGAUCUCAAGCCAGAGAACAUCUUACUUGAUGAAGCUGGACACAUAAAGUUAACAGACUUUGGCUUGAGUAAAGAGUCAGUAGAUGCUGAUAAGAAGGCGUAUUCCUUCUGUGGUACGGUGGAGUAUAUGGCCCCUGAGGUGGUCAACAGGAGAGGACACACACAGAGUGCGGACUGGUGGUCUCUGGGAGUACUUAUGUUUGAGAUGCUAACGGGGACAUUACCGUUCCAAGGGAAAGAUCGCAAUGAGACCAUGAACAUGAUUCUCAAAGCUAAGUUGGGAAUGCCGCAGUUCCUAAGUUUGGAAGCCCAGAGUUUGCUGAGAAUGCUGUUUAAACGUAACCCUGCGAACAGACUAGGGGCCGGACCCGACGGAGUGGAGGAGAUCAAACGCCACGCUUUCUUUUCCACCAUCGACUGGAAUAAGCUGUACAGGAGAGAGCUCCAGCCCCCAUUCAAGCCCGCAGCAGGUAAACCAGAUGACACGUUCUGCUUUGACCCAGAGUUCACCGCUAAAACGCCUAAAGACUCCCCAGGUAUCCCUCCCAGUGCUAACGCCCACCAGCUCUUCAAAGGCUUCAGUUUUGUUGCUCCCACCCCGAUGGAUGAGAACAAGAGCUCCCCGCUGCUCAGCAUACUCCCUAUAGUACAGGUUAAAGAACAGACUGUGGAGAAUUGA